ACAGCGGCGCUCCUCCUCCGUUCCCUGACGUGCACUGGCAGCGCAGCGGAUUGUUGCAAGAUGGCGAGCAGAGCUGUGUCCGCGGCUUGGAGUAGGGCGAAUAGGGUGCAGGCCUGCGGGCCUAGUCUUCUGCUUGCCAGGGGCCUUGCAUCAUCUAGUCAGAAAGCCAAAGAAGACAGCUGGCUCAGAUCCCUUUUUGUGCGCAAGGUCGAUCCUCGCAAGGAUGCACACUCAAAUCUGCUGGCCAAGAGGGAGACCAGCAACCUCUACAAAAUACAAUUUCACAAUGUAAAGCCAGAAUGUCUAGAUACCUACAACAAACUUUGCGAAGAGGUAUUGCCAAAGAUCCAUGCAGGUGACGAGUAUCCCUGUACGCUUGUAGGCACGUGGAAUACAUGGUAUGGAGAACAAGAUCAGGCAGUUCACCUGUGGAGGUAUGAGGGAGGAUAUCCAGCAUUGACAGAGGUGAUGAGUAAACUCAGAAAAAACAAGGAGUUCACAGAGUUUCGCAAAGAACGGGGCAACAUGUUGCUGUCUCGUAAAAAUCAGCUGCUUCUGGAGUUCAGCUUCUGGAAUGAACCUGUCCCAAGGCAAGGGCCCAACAUAUAUGAGCUGAGGUCCUACCAACUGAGGCCUGGAACCAUGAUUGAAUGGGGAAAUCACUGGGCUCGAGCCAUAAGGUAUCGACAGGAUGGCAGUGAAGCUGUGGCUGGCUUUUUCUCACAGAUUGGACAACUGUAUAUGGUCCAUCAUUUAUGGGCUUACAAAGAUUUACAAAGCAGGGAUGACAUUAGAAAUUCAGCCUGGCAGAAAGAUGGCUGGGAUGAAUGUGUCUACUACACAGUUCCCCUUAUACAGGAGAUGGAAUCCAGAAUUAUGAUCCCAUUGAAAAGCUCUCCUCUACAGUAAUCCACUAUGUCCACCUGGUGCCUCGACUGACAAAAAUGUAUCUGUGGAUUACUUCAGCAAUGAAUGAACAUCUACAAACUCCCAAAACAGACCUAUUUCCUUGAAUUAUUAGUGUAAUUCAUAAUUCUUUGUGUGUUUAUGUAUGCUGGCCAGUUUUCAUAUCCGUUUUCAUUUCUCUUUGACCAUUGAUCUGGUAAUAACCACUGUCCAUAGGGACACCUGAUAUGUACUGCAUUCUGUUUUUUCUUCGUAAUAAUAGUGUUGUUUGUUUCACUACCAGUGAAAGCUCUUCUAAAUUUGCAUUGGGGUACAAUCAUGUACAGAUAUGAGGUAAAAUUUCUAAGUUAUGGGAACUAUUGAAAUAUCAAGUCCAUUAAGGCAUAUGCUUUUCAGGGUUCCUCUCCACAUUCUUCACUGGAAUAAUGCUCAACAUAAAGUCAUAAAUUUACAUAUCGCACAACAGUAAAGACUGAUUUGAUACAUGUGUAUACAUUGUUAAAUGCUACAGUUUCUGCAUGGGGUUCUUUGAGGCGUUGUUCACAUAUACUGCAGUGACCUGCCUUUUUACCACACUGGAAGAACACAGGUCACCACUAGGACACACAUAACAAUUAUUUUCUAUGUGUCAUAUUCACACUGCAACAUGCCCUGGAGGUGUGGUGUAGUGAGCUGCAAUAAAAUGCAGACAUGCUGAAAUUUUAUUGCAGCACAUUGGACAUGAUUGUAUGUCAUUGUACAGCAGUGCAACACACCACACUGCUGUACAGCGACAUGAAUGAGGUGUAACUUUUGUGCACAUCAAAGUUCAUACAAAAUGAAAUGCGCAUCACACCUCCCCUUACAGCCAGCUUGCCAGAACAGAGCUUUUCCCACACACUAAAUCACUGCAGUUUAGUGUGUCGGGCAGUGUGAACUGGUCCUAAAUGUUUACAGACCAGUUAUGGUACCCGUUGAAGUUCAGGGCACUGAUGUGUGCAGGACGCUACACAAGCCCCAUUCAUCUUCUGGUUAGUCAUACAUGCUUCCAUUUUCUGUCUGUUGAUUAGCAGAUAACAUAGUAUAUGCUGGUAACUGUAUUUCAUGAAUCGUGGAGCAAGUGAAUUGACACUACGAAUCUCAAUUUAUCUUGGUACUGUUAGAUUUUCUAAUCCACAUUUGGACAACAGACUUAUGUACUGGCCCAAUAUGUAAUAUUUGCAGCACAUUUCAGGGGAGACAGAAGUGGAUUGCUGUGUUUUCUGAUAGGUGCUACAGCAGUAAUUACAGUUGGCGUUCACUACAGAAGCUGUUGAGAUCUUUCAUGCACAAACGUUCCUCCAGGGCUCUGAACUUCAGUGGGCAUCAAAUUGCCUCUGUGAAAGUGCAGUCCUAAUUCUUUAUGCCACAACUCAGAGCAGAGCAGUUACCAAGACGUUCCCACCUCCUUACCCUUCAGUUUUAGGAGACAAACAGAUGUGGCAGCCAACAGAAGAGAGUAGUUCUGAUAAUGACAUUCUGGACGCUAAUAUACAAACCUUUUGUUGGUUGGAGUAAAUGUUUAUCAAAUUUCAGUUUUUAAAUUUCACAAAGAAAAUACCCAAAAGACUUUUCACAUUGUCCCCAGAUGGCAUACUAUUUAAAAUAACUUCAGGCAGACAACCACAUACAACAGCUGAGCUACAUGUAUCUGAAAAGCUUUACCUGUCAAAAAGCACCUGCCUACCUUCUGAACAAUGACUCAAAGUGUGAAUCUUGCUAAUGCAUUCUCCACUGAACAGGCAAGUGACAGAACAGGACUUUAAAACGCAACUAGGAAAAAGCAGUGUGGCAGAGGUAUAUACAUAACAAGAUUGGCUGAACAGAAUUACAAAUCACUAAGUAGAGAUAGCAGUUCACAUAUGACUAUUUCAACAGUAUGCAUAGGUGUUUGGCAGGUGUUCUGGUCUCAUUAAAACUUGGGAAAAAAGUGCCUGCCAGGUCUCUCCAGUCUUCAUUGCUACAGUUGAGUUUGAUUACUUUCUUUGCUUGGUCCUAUUGUACUGUUUAUCCCAUAUUAUUGCAACUGUAAUGUUACAUUUGAGCAGCGAAUAUUGUGUUUUUGUGCAGUUAAUAUUUUGCCAUUUUAAAAUUGGUUACAAAAGAUAUAUGAAGCGGAGAAACGUUACAAACUCAUAGCCAAGUACUUUUGGAUCAUGUGGAUUAAUUCAUGUGCAAAUCAUGCUUACCUUCUUUAUGAGGACUGUUUAUUAUUUAAUUUAAUCUCGGUUCUUAGUUUGUUAUUGUCUUACAUUUAAAGAUGACAGCAAAGCUGGUGAAUUACGGGAAUACCAGCAAUGGCACAGUUCACGCUCGGCUAUAGACUACAAACUGAUUUUUCAAAAUUGGUCACUGGGAUAAGACUGGCUGCUUUUAUCAGGUGACUGGUGGGGGGAAAAGACAAAAACUCUCUCUCAAUGUAAUGAGCAUCAUAAAAUAUAUUUGUACACGGUUACAAUGUCAUCAUGUGUAUAAACAUACAAUAUGUUGGGUUUUCUGCUAAAUGAUGACAAUAAAAUAGUUUUAUUUGA